GGGGGGAGUGGGGGAAGAAUCUGGAGUAGUUUAUGUGCUACUAAACGGGGGGAAACUGGCCCUAAGUGUAGCCGGGGAAUGGCCUGCUAAGCGCGGGUCCGUUAGCAUCUGCUCAGACGUGACGCGAAACUGCGUUUCUCUUUUAAUUCGGCGACCGUUACGUUCGGCUGGAGAAAUGUGAAUAAAAAAAAACAGGUUUUACCGCAGCGUCAUUUUUGCACAAAUGACGUAACGUCAGCAGACACAGGAGGGUUUAUGAUAAUUCACCAGUCCAUACGGUGUAAAGUAAAGACUUAAGUUGGUGUUGCUCGCGUUAGUUCAGAGAAAUAAACGUUGGGUCUAAAUAAGACAUUUGUGUUAAAACCAAAAGUUCAAAGUUUUAAAUGAUGAUGAAUAUAAAUUAAUAUGAAUACUAAUUAAUUCAUUUUUGGAGCUUUUGACUGUUGUAUAGCUGGUUGUUAUUGUUACAGUUGACAAGAUUACUUCUUUUUCAUCAUUUUCAAUAAAAAUUGGUUUGUUUUUUUCAUCCUCAGCUACAAACUCUUAAACUCGUAUUCUGUUUUAUUUAAACUUUUUUAAACGCACACAUGAAAAAUGUAUUCAACUAACUUAGUUAUCUUAAUGCUAUGCCGUCUGACCAACAAUUUCUCUCCCGAAAUCCAGCUUGUCGUGCUUCAACUUGUACGUUUCUGUUUUAAACACGUUAAUCCAUUUAUUUCAUUUUAAGAUGAUCCAACUCCCGGAGAGCUGUUGUAAGAAAGCAGCCCCCCCCUGCAACCUACUCUGAGUGCGAUGGCGACCGCCGAAGAGGUCACGGUGUCCAUGUCGGAGGUGGUGAUGGUGAAGGCCGACGGCGAUGGAGACCCCGACGACCCGAAUAAGACUCAGGUCAUCCUCCAGCUCCAGCCGAUCGCCACCGGGGAGGAGUCGGCUCAAACCGACGCAGCCGGCAUGACCGCCGAAGCGGACGCGGAUCAAGCCGGCGGAGAGAAUUUGGAGAUCGGCUGUCCCAUAACAUGCGGCGACUGCAAAGCCUUGUUGCUCGUGAAGAAAUUCGUAUGCCCGGGAAUUAAUGUGAAAUGCGUGAAGUAUGAAGACCAGCUGAUCAGCCCCAAGCAGUUUGUGCACAUUUCUGGAAAAGCCACCCUGAAAGACUGGAAGAGAGCCAUCAGGAUGGGCGGGAUCAUGCUAAGAAAAAUGAUGGAUUCCGGUCAGCUCGACUUCUACCAGCACAGCACGCUGUGCACCAACACAUGUCGCAGCACCAAGUUUGACCUCCUAAUCAACAACACGCGCUUCCCCCCCGACGGCUCUGGACUCACUACGCCCACGUCCUCUCAAGCCCAGGUUGUCCUCGGUAACGGCGGCACAGUGAGCGACGACAGAGCAGAGGUUCUGAGUGGGAAGAUGGACUGGAUUUCAAGCUCGCUGGAGGCUGCCGAGAAGAAGGAAUCCAACGAGAUCUCAGAGGAGACGCUGAACUUCUGGAAGGGCAUCGCCGACGUGGGUCUGCUGGGGGAAGUGGUGACCAACAUCAGCACCGAGCUGGUGGAGCUGCUGAACGGCGUGCAGCAGCGAAGGGAACCCGCUGCCCUGCAGGACACAGAUUCCUGUCUGGUAGAGGUGGCGGUGCUCAGUAACCUCGCCCAAGUGUUCGGCCUGCUCGACUCGGUCAAGAAGACGCUGGAGAACCGCAGGGAGCAGACGGACCCCGGCCAGGAGCAGAUCCUCAGCACGCUCAGCAACCUGGAGGUGCAGUUGGAGGACCAGAGGAAGCAGCAGGAGGUGCGAGCGCUGCUCUCCUGCCCGCAGCCGGCCAAAAGCAAGGCCCCCGCCAAGCGGCCGACCAAGCGGCCGCGCCUCCAGAGGCCCGCCUCCACCCUCCUGGCGCCGCCCGUCGCCCAGCAGGCGGCCCUGCAGCCGCAGCAGUUCACCGUUCUCUCGCCCAUCUCGCUGUCCUCGGUGGGUCAGCCCUUCGCCAUGGCGGGCCUGCCCAUGGCCUCCCUGGCGCAGUCGUCCAACACGGUCACCCUGCUGCCCGCCGGCUCGCAGCUCUUCACCCGCUACAUGCUCACCGGAGACGGCAAGGCGGACACCAUCACCUUGCACCCGUCCUCGGGCCUCACGCUGGUGGGCACCGCCAACGUGCAGGACUCCGGCCAGUUGGGCACGGUGGUGAGCCCCCUGGAGCUGCUGCAGCUCAGCCAGCAGGCCGGCGGCGCCGAGAUGGUGCCCUUAGAGGGCCAGGUGGUGGACGGCGGCGGCAUGCUGGUGCAGCAGCAGGAGGUGGAGGCCGGCCAGGAGCACACGGUCAUCGAGAUCAACCCGGCGCCGAUGGAGCAGCAGGCGGUGGGGGUGAUGGAGCUGCAGCUGGCCGGCGGGGCGGGCGCGGACGGGGUGCAGGGCGCGAUGGAGGUGACGAUGGCCGGCGGCGGCGGCGAGGAGACGCAGUGCCAAAUGCAGGAGGUGCAGACUGGGGGGGUUCAGGGGCUGCAGCUGGACGCUAGCGGGCAGUUGUCCGGCGUACAGAUCGUGGUGAUAGAAGAGAACACUCAGGAAGAAAACAAGGUGCAAUGAGACACGCCUCCGAUUUUAUCCAGCAGAACAGCGGCGGACUCGUGCUGAGCUGUCACGGACUUGUGAAUCUGUAAAUAUGCAGUUUCCAAAAUCCACAGUUUGCCUUGGCCUAAGACCAAGCUCUAGGUGUAGCCAUUAUUUCCUUAUUAUUUCCUUUGUGUGUGUGUGUGUGUGUGUGUGUGUGUGUGUGUGUGUGUGUACGUGCUUCUCACAACUCGUAGUUGUUUUUAUCUGGGCAAAGAGGCAUCACAACAAAAGAACAUGCCUGUGUGCUUCUGUUGGAUAUGAAUUUCAAGUAUGAUUUUGAUUUAUUACAACUCACACAUGUCAUUUCUGUCUGUAACAACGGCCACGUUGGAUUUUUGGGGAAUGUGUCGACAUUUCAAAACGGAAGAGAGGCUCUCGAAGCCACUUUCUCCUCAUUAGUUUCUGCCAACUACCGAACACAAAAUAAACAAGCAAACAAACCGUCAUUGAGAGCUUAAAGAGCUCAAGAGUUUUCUCAACUCGAUGUCUUUUAUUUUGGUCUCACACAAAAAACUAACCACACUAAUAAGUCGAACUUAAUUUAAAGAGAUCCACAUCCCAUCAAUCCCCCGAGUCCCCACAAUGACACCAAAACCAACACGGACGCUUUGACCAAACCCAUCACAAACACUGGAGUUGCAGUUAAUUGGUAUCCUCCUUCCAGCCUGAAGGAGAGCUGUGGGGUCCACACAGAGGGCUUCGUGAUGGACUGUCGGUUUCUCCUCUUUCUGUUGCUCAGACUCUUUACCAGUUUAACAGUGUUUGAGUCCGUUGCACUGUUGCAACCAAGCUGUACUGUUUUUUUGAUUAUUUUUUUUUUGCACUGGCCCGCUUUUCUGCAGUUCUUUAGAAUUGAGUGUUUUUUUGAUUAUUUUUUUUUAUAGGUUAAAUGACUGACUGAGCUCUCACUGGGAUUGCAUCGCUACAUAUGCACUUAUUCUCUCUGUAGUUUCGUACUACCUGUGUUCAUUCACAUGCUCCAUAUAUGGAUUAUUCAUUCAUUCAUUCAUCUGGGGCUUUAUCUCAGUAUGAUAGUAUGAGCUACUGGUGUGAUUGUUUAAGUCAACAUAUACAAGAUGUGUUUGUGUGUGUGUGUGUGCGUCUGUGUGUAUACACAGAGACACUUUUUAUGCCUGUAUUUUUCACUUGUAGGGUCAUAUUUAUUAGUUUCCGUACUGAAGACACGAGCCUCUCUUUUUAAGGCGCAAACUGGGAUUAAUUUAUGCUCAAACCAACAAAAACCCAUUCUAGACUUGUCCACUUCCCACGAUUUAACUUAACAGAUGAGGCUAUUUGCAUACUGACUUUGUAAUGUGUUUUAAUAUCAGAUUAAAACAGGAGAGAAAAACA